AUGACGGAUUCUCUGCAUAACGCGCCCAUUGUCCUGGACAAUGGCUCCGGCACGAUCCGCGCCGGUUUCGCAGGAGACGACUUACCGAAGUGCUACUUCCCCUCGUUCGUCGGCCGCCCCAAGCACCUGAGAGUGCUAGCCGGCGCGCUUGAAGGCGAGGUCUUUAUCGGGCAAAAGGCGGCGACGGAGCUCAGGGGUCUGCUGAAGAUCAGGUAUCCGCUGGAGCAUGGCAUCGUCACGGACUGGGACGACAUGGAGAAGAUCUGGGAGUACGUCUACGGCGAGGGCCUCAAGACGCUCAGUGAAGAGCAUCCCGUCCUCCUGACCGAACCACCUCUCAACCCCCGCAGCAACCGCGACACCGCCGCCCAGAUCCUCUUCGAGACCUUCAACGUCCCCGCGCUGUACACAUCAAUCCAGGCUGUUCUGUCAUUAUACGCCAGCGGCCGGACGACGGGUAUCGUUCUCGACUCGGGAGAUGGCGUGUCGCACGCAGUGCCAGUGUACGAGGGUUUCGCCAUGCCGAGCAGCAUCAGACGGAUAGACGUGGCCGGACGCGACGUGACGGAGUACAUGCAGAUGCUGCUGCGCAAGAGCGGCUACGUGUUCCAUACGAGUGCCGAGAAGGAGGUUGUGAGGCUCAUCAAGGAGUCUGUCACUUACGUCGCGCAUGACCCGAGGAAAGAGGAGAAGGAGUGGGCCAACAGGACGGACCCGGCCAAGGGUGUGGAAUACGUCCUUCCGGACGGACAUAAGCUCAAGAUCGGCGCGGAACGUUUCAGGGCACCGGAAAUCCUCUUCGACCCCGAGAUCAUUGGCCUCGAGUACCCCGGCGUGCACCAGAUCGUCGUCGACGCCAUCAACCGGACAGAUCUCGACCUGCGCAAGUCCCUGUACAGCAACAUUGUGCUCUCCGGCGGCAGCACGCUGACCAGGGGCUUUGGCGACCGUCUGCUGACAGAGUUGCAACGGCUGGCAGUCAAGGACAUGAGGAUAAAGAUCUUUGCGCCGCCCGAGCGCAAGUACUCCACGUGGAUCGGAGGAAGCAUUUUGGCCGGUCUCAGCACCUUCCGCAAGAUGUGGGUGAGCAUCGACGACUGGCACGAGAACCCGGAGAUCAUCCACACCAAGCUUACUUGA